CCGGGGGCGGAGCUUCGGCCCGCAUGCGCUUUCGCUUGCGCUUGCGCUUGCGGAUAAGGAUGGGCGGGCGGCGGGUACGGGUCUGGAGGCUGAAGCUGUGGGCUGUGUGCCAUGGUUGGUUGGGUUGAGCCAGGCCGGGCCGGGGCGCCGAGCUGGAGGGGGUGGCAGUGAGCGGCGGCGAAGGCUGCAGGGUUCGAUUUGGCUGAGUGGGGAGUCGGCCGGUGGCAGGAGCCAUGCGGGGCCAGCGGAGCCUGCUGCUGGGCCCUGCCCGCCUCUGCCUGCGCCUGCUUCUGCUCCUGGGCUACAGGCGCCGCUGCCCACCUCUGCUCCGCGGCCUGGUUCAGCGCUGGCGCUAUGGCAAGGUCUGCCUGCGCUCCCUGCUCUACAACUCCUUUGCAGGCAGUGACACCGCUGUGGAUGCUGCCUUUGAGCCUAUCUACUGGCUGGUGGACAACGUGAUCCGCUGGUGUGGGGUGGUGUUCGUGGUGCUGGUGAUUGUGCUGACCAGCUCCAUCGUGGCCAUCGCCUACCUGUGUAUCCUGCCCCUCAUCCUUCAAACCUACUCAGUGCCACGACUCUGCUGGCAUUUCUUCUAUAGUCACUGGAAUCUGAUCCUCAUCGUCUUCCAUUACUACCAGGCUAUCACCACUCCACCUGGAUACCCACCCCCGGGCAGGAAUGAUAUCACAGCAGUCUCCAUCUGUAAGAAGUGCAUUAACCCCAAGCCAGCCCGAACACACCACUGCAGCAUCUGCAAUAGGUGUGUGCUGAAGAUGGAUCAUCACUGCCCCUGGCUAAACAACUGUGUAGGCCACUAUAACCAUCGGUACUUCUUCUCUUUCUGCUUCUUCAUGACUCUGGGCUGUGUCUACUGCAGCUACGGAAGUUGGGACCUUUUCCGGGAGGCUUACGCUGCCAUCGAGAAAAUGAAACAGCUCGACAAGAACAAACUACAGGCGGUUGCCAACCAGACUUAUCACCAGACCCCACCACCCACCUUCUCCUUCCAAGAAAGAGUGACUCACAAGAGUCUUGUCUACCUCUGGUUCCUGUGCAGUUCCGUGGCACUUGCCCUGGGUGCCCUAACUGUAUGGCACGCUGUUCUCAUCAGUCGAGGUGAGACUAGUAUCGAAAGGCACAUCAACAAGAAGGAGCGACGCCGACUGCAGGCCAAGGGCAGAGUUUUUAGGAAUCAUUACAACUAUGGCUGCUUGGACAACUGGAAGGUAUUCCUGGGUGUGGACACAGGAAGGCAUUGGCUGACUCGGGUGUUGUUACCUUCCAGUCACCUGCCCCAUGGGAACGGAAUGAGCUGGGAUCCCCCUCCCUGGGUGACCGCUCACUCAGCCUCUGUGAUGGCAGUGUGAGCUGGAGUGUGUCAGCCACAAUUUGAGCACCACCCUGCUUCCUCCAUUGCCUCGAGGGCCUCCAAGGAUAGCUUCUUGGAAUCCUUGAGCAAAAAGAGCCAGUGGGCCUGCCUUACGGUACCAUGCAGGGACAGCUCAAGGACCAGUCUCCUGGCCAUGGCGGAAGCAAGGCAUAAUGUGGAAAAAUCCUAGGACUGAUGUUCCUUUACUCAGGCAAACAGAAGUUCCAGCCCCAGACUGGAGAUCAGGCAGCUAGCAACCUUGCCAGGUACUGACCCCGACCUCCUCCAGCUUACAGCACUGGGGUUGGCUACCACCUCUUCCACUUGCCGUCUGAGAAAACACCUGAAUGGUAGAGCUGAGAUCCUGGCUUCUCAACAGGGCAAAGAUACCAGGCCUACUGCUGAGGUCACUGCCACUUCUCAUGUGCUGAAGGGAGCAAAAAUAAAGGUAUUUGAUUUUUUAAAGAUA